AUGGCUAUAUUGGAUGCGCCAACAUUUUAUCUUGCUGAGGUAUUCGCUGCCAAAGACUCAAAAUGCCACGAUGCCAUCCCCGGUAAUCGGAAACCCUUACGGCAUUAUGGCAACCGACCUGACGAUCUUGCCGCCAUAAGCCAGAUGGGUAAUCUCGCGCCUCUCGAUAACAAACUUGCCCUUCCUGGACGAAGCUUCGGUCUAAACGCCAAUGAGCCAUGCCAAGUCCAAGUUGGUGCAGCGAAUGAGCAAUAUGCGGAAAAGACAAUGCCUUUGCGAAAUUCAGAACAUUGCGGUGAACCGUGA